GAAUUUUGGCAUUUGAGGUUAACCCGUACAUAACACGGAAUAAUUAUUGGCAUUAUUGGCAAUAAAAACUUGAGGAUUUUGAGAAAAAAUACAAUAUAAGCGCCAGUCUUGUUGUAAAUUAAUUCACAUAAUUCAAGAUGGCACUUAUACCAAUCGGGAUAAGAUGCAUUCGACCCAUAGUUCAAACUGCAAAGUUCUCCACUUUGAUUCAAAGAUCGAUGGCAUAUAAAAGUGCAAUUUCAAUUGAAACUUUGUAUCCGAAUAGCUCACUGAAACUAUCCACACCUUCAUUCAAAGCUGACCCCAAUGAGAAAUUUUCUGGCUACAUCCCCAUAGAUAAAUUAGACAUAAAAUAUAGUGCAAGCUCGGGGCCUGGUGGACAAAAUGUUAAUAAGGUGCAUACUAAAGUUGACUUGAGAUUUAAACUUAGCGAGGCUGACUGGUUACACCCAGAUGUUAAAAAGAAAAUGAUGGAGCUGCACGGCAAUAGACUGUCUAAGGAAGGCUACUUGAUAGUACGGUCAGACGUAACAAGGUCCCAGCAGCUCAACCUGGCAGAUUGCCUGCAAAAGCUGAGGAACAUGUUACGGGAUGCCGCCGUCACUAAACGUGAGCCCUCACCCGAGACUGAGGAAAGGAUUAGACAGAGGCACCUGAAAGCCUCUCGCCUGCGAGUAGUCAUGAAGCGCGAGGAAGCCCUGAAGCGUGCCCAGAGACGACCACCCACUGUUGUGGACUUAUGAUUCUUUCAUUAAAUUGGGUGCACUCACUAGCAUUGGUUGUUGACUCUUGGUGCUGUGGUUUGUGAAUAUAAUGCUGUAAACAGCCAAUGACUUGUGAAUAAUGUUAUUUAUUAUUAUCAAAUUAUUAGGGAUACUUAUAAAAAAAAGUGAAAUAAAUAAAUUGUUAGUAAGCUGGGGUUGAUGAUUUUAACAUUCUAUUUACUAACAAGUUAUGGUAAGAAAUUAGAACAUUGAAUACAAAGAUAUAGUUAAUAAUCUUAGAUUAAGG